AUUCUUAGCUUUAACCUGUGAUCUCAACUGUCUUGUGGGCAUACCGUGGAGAGAUCGAGAAAUGGUGAGGGCUCCGUGCUGUGAGAAGAUGGGACUGAAAAGGGGACCCUGGACUCUCGAAGAAGAUCAGAUUCUGAUCGAUUACAUUAGAGUUCACGGCCAUGGGAACUGGCGGAAACUCCCAAAACUAGCCGGUUUAUUGAGGUGCGGUAAGAGUUGCAGGCUUCGAUGGACAAAUUACCUGAGGCCGGACAUUAAACGUGGGAACUUCAGCAAAGAAGAGGAGAACACUAUAAUCAUGCUGCAUGGGAUGCUGGGGAAUAGAUGGUCUGCGAUUGCAGCGAGACUACCAGGACGAACAGAUAAUGAAAUAAAGAACAUCUGGCACACCCAUCUGAAGAAGAGGCUUCCGAAACAUGAAACUGAUGUUACUUCUGAAGAUAAGACCGUUGAUGGUGAAUUCAAGCCUGUUCCUACUCCAGACAACACCCAGCAAGAGGAAACCUAUGAUUCCGGCCUUUCCCCUCAGCAUUGUUCAAGCAGUAGUAUUUCCUCUGCUGUUAUUAGUGAUGAUGGUAACAACGCCAGUCAGGCAACUGGAUAUUCAGAGGAUAAUUUCUGGUCGGAAGUUUUGUCUAUUAAUGACGAUUGUGGUGGCCUAAAGGUCGGUAUUCAAGACAUCAAUGAUUUUCUUCUUUGGGAAGGUACAGAUGAUUAUUGGUACAACAUACUCAGCUCAGCUGCAUUACCUGAACUCUUAGAGAUCUAAAGAUGGGAUUCUUCUUUCUUUCUUUCUUUUUUUAUUUCUUUUUUUAUUUUUAUUUUUAUCUCAUUCAGUCAGAUCAUGGGUAUCCUCAGCAUUUUAGCUGAGACUAAUCUAGUUUCAAUGUUGGCUUGGCCCUGUUCACGAGGUUCUUUCCUUUUUAGGUUGUUUCGUUAGUAACAUAAAUGAUAGCAAGAGCAUGUACUCUGUCGUUUUUGUUGACAAUAAAAGAAAGGGUGAUAAUAGUUAGUGAAUCAAA